UCCUCCCGGUCUUCCAAUUUCCCAUCGUGCCUUCACAGUAAGCCGCUUCCUCUUGUGGUCUGUCGGCUUUCUCUAGCAGUGGCGGCAGAAUGAUGGCAUCACGGGUAGUUAGUCUCCUCAGCAAGCGAGCAAUUUCAACCUCUGUUUGCAUGCGUGGUCAUGGAGUUGCAAAAGUAGAAGAAUAUUCUCUUCCAUCUUAUUUUGAUCGACGUGAAUCCCCACUGCCAGACAUACGAUUUGUGAAGCACCUGACUCCAGAGCAGCAGUCUCUUAAAGCAAAAGAAAAGGGAUCAUGGGUGGCACUAUCAAAUGAAGAAAAGGUUGAAUUGUACCGCAUUAGCUUCAACCAGAGCUUUGCUGAAAUGAACAAGGGAUCAUCAGAGUGGAAAUCUGUUCUUGGUGGAAUUCUGUUUUUUAUGGGCUUUACUGGCUUUGUAGUCCUCUGGCAAAAGCACUUCAUGUACGGUGAAAUUCCACACACUUUUUCUGAAGACUGGAUAGCGAGGCAGAGCCAGAGAAUGCUGGAUAUGAGGAUCAAUCCAGUGGAAGGGUUUUCUUCCAAAUGGGACUACGAUAAGAAAGAAUGGAAGAAAUGAAGACCCAACAGAGCCCCUUCAACUUGCUUAAAUUUUAUUUCCUUAAACUUUAAAAUUACCUCAGCAAAUACAUUCAAGGAAGUUGUCUUCCUCCUACAUGUGAAGAAAAUAAAGCUUCAGUGUUUUACAUUCUUGCAUUCUGCUUAAUUUAGAAAUUUAAUAUGAAUAUUCCAUUGACGGUUAGUGGAACAUAUAAAAGGCAUUUUAAUGACUCAGUUAAUAUCUAUUGAAAUAAAGUGCUGAAGUGACAAAA